GAUCACGUGAUCCUGUCCUAAUUCUAGCUGGAAUCACAAAUUCACAAUACCAUGGAUCGUUGGUGUGGUAGAGUAGCAUUAGUGACAGGAGCCAGUUCUGGCAUUGGAGCAGGGAUUGCUGAAUCACUGGUAAAGAAUGGUAUGAUAGUAUUAGGAGCAGCAAGAGAUGUGGAGAGAAUAAAGAAAUUAUCAGAUAGUUUAGGCACAACUGCUAGUGGUGGUAAACUGGUUGGCAUGAAAUGUGAUGUUACUAAUGAAGAUGAUAUCAAGAGUGUAUUUAGUUAUGCUAAAGAUCAGUUUGGUGGUAUUGAUGUGUGUGUCAAUAAUGCAGGAUUAGCUCAUAAUGCUCCUUUAUUAACUGGUGAUACUAAAGACUGGAGGAACAUGCUUGAUGUUAAUGUAUUAGGUCCUUGUAUUAUAACAAGAGAAUUUAUGAAUCAAGUAAAGGAGAGAGGAGUAGAUGAUGCUCAUAUUAUACUCAUUAACAGUCGUGUAGGUCAUAUUGUUCCUCCGCUUAAACUCGUUCACUUUUAUUCUGCCACCAAAUUUGCCAUUACUGCUAUUGCUGAAGGUGUCAGGCAAGAGCUAAGAGAAAUGAAGUCAAACUGUCGCUGCACAUCUAUUUCACCUGGAAUAGUAAAGACAGAAUUUUUUGGUAGAGCAAUCAAAUCCGAUGAUAUAGAAAAAGUUGUAGAAUCAACUGAUGACAGAGUAGCUAAUGGUCCAGCACUUAGAGCUGAAGAUAUUGCCAAUGCUGUUGUAUUUGCCAUUAGUGCACCACCAAGAAUGGAGGUGAACGAGAUUAUCAUUAGACCUACUGGCAUGACAGCAUAAAUAGAUUUUUCUAACUAUAACUUUUUUAGUUAUCAAUUUCAAUGAAAAAAUGGUUUAUUUUGGACUGCUUGAAAUAGGAAAUUUUCCCACUAAUAAUUUUAA